AUGGUCUCCGUCGCAGAGCAGUUUGGCAAUCUGCGCAAUACCCUCGGCUCGGCCCUGGGGAUUUUCACAAUCAUUCGCUGGUUCCGAACACUCAUUGCCAAAAUCACCGGUCGGCCACCUCCAGCGGAUGCCACAGCACUCACUCCCGCUGCCUUUGCCGCCUUUAUGGGUGGUCGUUCCGCGUCCGGGACCCUCCCUGAUGGCUCGCCUGCUCCGGCCAAGCCAUCCAAGAAGCCGUUCUUCAUGUUCCUGAUUGCUGUCUUUGGUCUACCUUACCUGAUGGGCAAGUUGAUCAAGGCCCUUGCUCGCUCCCAGGAGGAGGAGGCCAAGCGUCGACAGCAGAUGAUCGGACCCAACGGCGAGCCACAGAGCGGGGUGAUGGACCCUGCUAAACUGGACUUCUGCCGUGUCCUGUAUGACUACUCUCCUGAGACGCAGGAGAGCAACGGUAUUGACUUGGCCGUGAAGAAGGGAGACAUCGUUGCUGUUCUAAGCAAAUCUGAUCCCAUGGGUAACGCGUCUGAGUGGUGGCGUUGCCGUGCCCGUGAUGGUCGUGUUGGCUACCUGCCUGGUCCAUACCUGGAGACCAUUCAGCGACGUCCAGCACAGCAGGCCAUCACAACAGGCAGCGAGCCUGCCACACGGACCAGCACGAUGAAGAGCAGUGCCGCCCACGAGCGCACCCAGAGCCUGACCACCCUUACCAAGCCGGCGAAUGAGCAGCCACCACAGCUCAAGGGCAAGAUGGGUGACAUCACCCCUGAGAGUUUCCAGAAGAGCACCUUCUACUCUUGA